AUGUUCGGAUUCGGCGAAGCCAGAGAACACCGUGAUGCCGUCUACGGCCAGCACGAGGCCAAGUUCAGCCACGAGAUUGUCGCCGGUGGUGCCGCCUUUGAGGCCAUGAAGCUGUUCGAGGACCGUCAGCGCCGCAACGGAGAGCCCGUCAAGCAUGCCUUUGCGAAGGAGAUGCUCGUUGGCCUUGCAGGCGCAGAGGUCGACAAGCUGUUUGAGACUAAGGGUCUCGACUAUCUCGACCGCGAGAAGGCCAAGAGACACGCCGAGAAGCAGGCGGAGCAUCUGUACCAGGAGCAGUACGGCGACAUGGAGGAGUAUAACCCUGAGCGCCGCGGACGCCACCAGCACAUGGAAUACUAG